UCAUGAGUAAAAUUUGGAGACUUCUGUUGUCAUUCUAUUGUGCGUCCAUUCAGCUUUUCAAUUGAGAUUAAUUUUACAUGAUGAAAACUGUUUCUCGUGUUUAUCAAAUAGAGCCCAGUCGUGGACCAGAAGAAGUACGUGUAUCUUCUUCUACAGUAAACUCCUCAAGAAUUAAUGUCACUUGGCUUGGACUGCCAAGAGAGGUAGCUUAUGGUAAAAUCAUAAGAUACGAAGUUAGGCUCGCUGUGUUGGAAAACUGUAAAGAGAGUCAGUCUGCCUAUCAUUUAACUAUAAACACGACCACAACCUAUUUUCAUGUGACUGGACUCUCUUUGUUUGCCAAGUACGAAGUGUCUGUUAGAGGCUACACUGCUGCCGGGCCUGGACCUUACAGUAGACCUGCAAUGGUGCAGACAUUGGAGAAACCUGUCAUCAAAGAUCUGCCAAAGAGAACCAUUUCAGCAAUUGGCGAACUGGUAGUAUUGAACUGUGAGGUCUUUGGACACCCUGAGGCUUCUGUUAUCUGGACUAAAGAUGGACUUAACAGUAUACCUCGCGCUCAAUUGAAGGACAACGGCAAAGUACUUGUUAUAAACAAUGUUGCUCCUGCAGAUAGUGGCGUUUAUGAAUGCAAAGCUAUGAACAUGUUUGGAGAGAGUUAUACUACUACGACACUCAUUGUCGCUGGGCCACCCAGUUUACUAAAAGAACUUUCUCCCCCCUCGGUGUUAUGUGAAAAGCAAACUCUGUGUUCUCUCUCGUGUCAUGCAACCAGUUAUACUCCAUUUAACUAUUCUUGGACGAAAGAUGGCCAUGUUCCAGUAGGCGAUAACAUCAAACUGAUGAAUAAUAGUAUCAUUGUCACGCCAUUGGAUGCACAAGACUAUGGGGAGUAUGUGUGUCAUGUUGCAAACGGCUAUGGAUCUACAAAGUAUAAAAUUACUCUGUUUGCUUCAAAGGAUAAUCAAGAUGGUGGCGGUAAAUAUUUUGCUCACAAAUCGAACGCUAUCCAAAUUAGCUUAGCGCUCUCAAGUCUGAUUUGGUUUUUCUAAGCUGCUGAUAACUUUUCGUACAGGUUUAGACAUUACUAUCAAAAGCAACAUUAUGUAGAGGUCUCAGACGCCGACGUUAUUAAGUGUGAAGUUUCUUUAUCUUUCUUCAGUAAGAAAAUAAUUUGAUUAGCAUUGUAUAGGUCUAUCUAUCCGUGUAUCAAAAUUAGCCUGUUAGGUGGUAACUAAAUCGAAGCAAAGCUACCAAUGUUAAGAGGGCCUAAGGCUAAAAUCUGUCUUUAG